AUAUAUAUUUCGGUCUCAUUCUAUUUCUUUUUGGCUCUAAACAAAAGAUCAUUAUCAUCAACAUAUAUCCAUGGCAAGUGCAGCAUUAUUGCCUAAUAAUCAGCAGCAACAACAGUCAGAAGUAGGGCAGCAAGGUGCUUUCCCGAAUAAUAAUCGUGGUGAUCAAGCGAGUAGUACUACUAUUGCUUCAGUUUCUUUUGGUUCCAUUGGUCCGUUUUUUGCAGUAAUUUCAGUGCUGUUAGUUUUGACGGUCCUAUCAUGCUAUUUGGGGCGGACGUAUGGCCGGCGCUGGGCUGCCGCUCCUCUGGAGAAGAUUGAUCUUGGCGGUGGCGGAGGCGGUGGUGGUGGCUGCGGCUUUUACAGUUGGAUUAAGAGGUUGAAAAGCCGUUUGUGGAUGGCUUGUCAUGAGUUUGAAGUUAGACAAAAUAACAAAAAGGUGGUUCUUGGUGAAGAUGAGAAAAGUGACAUUAAGGUUAGAGAUGGUGAAGUUUGAUCACAUCUUCCUAGGCUUAAUUAUAGACAUAAUAUUAACAUAACUUUAUGACUUAAAUAAAAGGCUUUGUCAGAAUUUGUCUAUUUCUUAGACUGUGCUUUUGUUUAAUUUUGAUGUUUUGUGAUAGGGAAAUUAUUAAUUGAAAAAUAAAUACAAAUAUUAUUUUGAUCCUUUGAAACCUAGCUGUUAUUG